AUGGACGCGUUAGUGAAGGAGGUCAACAAUUUGCGGCAGCAGUACCGCGAGCUGGCGGCCGCACAUUCGCAGCUGCUUACGCAGCAGAACGAGUGCACGGCAGAGCUGCAAAUCCUGGAGGCCGAUGCCAAGAUUUACAAGAGCACCGGGCCUGUGCUGACGGCGCAGAGCAAGGACGACGCCAUGAGCACCAUCACCAAGCGCAUAGAAUACAUAUCGAACGAAAUCGACGAAAAGGCCAAGGCAAUGUCCAACCUCCAGGGCGUCAUUGAGGAGAAAUGCCGGACACUGGAUAACAUGAACGCUCAACACCAACGAGCUGCGCAACCCAGUUAA